GGGAGCAUUACCUCACUUUUCUUUACAGCUCUUCAAAAAUUGACGACUCUCCAUCUUGCUCCUAAUAAAUCGUAUUUACAGUGUUGUUCUUUUGGCACGUAACUUCACUAUGAAGACCGUGCAACAGCUCCUUCACAACAAGUUUGUGGUGGUUUUAGGAGAUUCAAUUCAGCGGGCUGUAUACAAAGACUUGGUCCUAAUAUUGCAGAAGGACUCGCAUUUAAGUGCAUCCCAGCUCAAAAGCAAGGGUGAAUUCUCAUUUGAAAAUGACACCUUGGUGGAAGGAGGCAGACUGGGGGAGAUGAAUAAUGGGACACAAUACAGAGAAGUUAGACAAUACAGAACGGACCACCACUUGGUCCGCUUUUACUUCAUUACCCGGACGUUCUCGCAGUAUGUGGAGAGCAUCAUCUCUGACUUUGAGAAGGGAAUAAAGCCAGACCUGGUGGUGGUGAACUCUUGUGUGUGGGAUAUUUCCAGGUACAGUCGACAGUGGGCUGUGGAAUACAGGGAGAACCUGAAAAAGCUCUUCAUGAAGCUGAAGAGUGUUUUGCCUGAGGAGAGCCUGGUGAUAUGGAAUAUGACCAUGCCUUUGGGCAGGAAGAUCUUAGGAGGUUUCUUGGUUCCUGAGAUAGAGCACAUGGGCCCAUCGUUAAGAUUUGAUGUCAUUGAAGCGAAUUACUUUGGAGCCACACUUGCCAAUGAGUCUGGCUUUGAUGUGCUGGACCUCCAUUACCAGUUUCGUUUCAGCCUGCAGCAUCGAACUCGUGAUGGUGUCCACUGGAAUGCUGUGGCUCACCGGAAACUAUCAUCCCUUCUGCUGCAACACGUCGCAGAAGCAUGGGGUGUUGAACUGCCGAAGCUAGAUCAGCAGGAUUCUAAACCAGCAACCCAGCAGAACCGACAAAGCGGGCUUUCAACUCCUCCUGUGCGCUAUAGAGGAGCCUACAGCAACGAGAGAUUCUCUAUUCCCCCUUUGAUGCCAGCUGCCCGCUACAACAAUGGUCAAGGCUGGGUGCAAGGAAUGAGGCAUUUCAAUGACUUAAGGCCUCAGUUUGAUGACUUUAGGCCUCGGGUUGAUAACUUUAGGCCUCGGGUUGAUGACUUUAGGCCUCGGGUUGAUGACUUUAGGCCUCGGUAUGAUGACUUUAGGCCUCAAUUUAAUGACUUUGGACCUCAGUUAAGUGGCUUUGGGCCUCAGUUCUCUAUUCCACCAUACUUGGGGACGGGUUACCCAAGCCAUAGAGGUACAGACACAUACUAUUAACUCCUUAAAUCAUCAGUAUUUGCGUUUUAUGCAGUUUUGUGCUAACAGACUGAUUGUGUUUGAAGGUGGUGAAAAUUUGACUCCUGCCCCCUACUGGCCUGCAAACCACUGGGCGAAGCCAAAACCGCAUCGACAAUAUAACCCAUAUGCAAGAAUGCGAACACACAGAUACUGAGCGCAAAAAUUGUUAAAGUGAUGAAGUUGAAGUGAUCUGGAACUUUGACAAAGAACUAUUUUUUUUUUUUUAAAUCUGAAAUAAACGUUUUCUUAAUAGUUAA